CAGCGUAAUUGGUUUAAGCCAGGAGGCUGGGGGAAGAGGGAAACGGGGUGUGUGUGGGGGUGUAACCCCCUUUGGAAGAGGAAAAAAGAAAAACAGGCGGGGCAGGCGGGCUAGCGAGAAUUCUGGAUGCAAACGGCGCAGCCAGAGAAGGGCUGCAGGCGGUGGCUUUGGGGCCCAGGCUCCUGGGGCAGUGCGACUCAAUGAUCCUAGGGUCUCAUCGCCCUCCCGAGGCCCGGGCUGCAGCCGGGUACCCCCCCCCCCCCCCAGCGUUUCUGCUCGUUUCCAGCCCCCAUCUUCCUGAUUCCUGACUCAAAGUUCAACCCUGGGUGACUGGGGAAUAUAGACUCCUUCCUCCCCGCACCCCCUACCUACGCCCGGACUAAAGGCUGGGAAAAGGAAAAAGCCCCACUUUUGCCCCGUGACUAGAAACUCUGGCAUCUGAGUCAGCCGAGCCGAGUGACGUUAGGCGGAUCUGGGCUCCUGGCUAGCAGAGUGGAGACGCUGCUACGAAACCCGUACCUGCGGCUAAGAGCAGGACAAAUUAGUCAAGAUGUCCACAAUUUCGAAGCACUUUGGGCUGAAAUACAAAGAAGAAUCGUACAUCUUUAAAGAGCUUGAGAAGGUUCGCCAAGUGACCAAAAAGGAUUUUCAACAAAUCAAGCAGAAGUUAGCGUCCAAACCGGCCGCGGAUGAAGGCCGCGUCUUCGUCCUCCCGGCCCCUGGCCCAGGCCAGCCAGGGAAGAAGAGCGUUUCCCCGACCAGACCCCCAAAGUCAUCAGAGCCCCUUCGGGCUAAAGGCCCUGCGACCCCCGCGGCGGCCCUCCCCCGGGGCCCUAGCGGGGCAGCCGCUCCCGGGAGGACCCGGCCGUUUUGCCCCCAGGACUUCUACUUGCGGAGCUCCGCGUCCCUCCGGCACCGGCCCCAGAGGAGGCCGCCGGUCAUCGCCUCAGGGGCCGGCACGUCCAGACCCCUGGACCCGAUGCCGCCGCCGGAGCCAAGGGGCGAGCCCGGGGCGCGCCGCGGCCCGAGGACCCUGCGGCCUGCGCGCGGCCCUCCAGCCCGCCCGGCCCGCGGGCACGACUUGAACCGCGAGACGGCAGCGCUCGCUGAGGCCCGCACGGCCAAAGUGAGGAAGGGCAGCCCCGUUGCCAGCGAGGACGGCGACACGGAGGCGGCCAGCCGGCGGGGGCAAGCGAGCGGUCACACGCCCAGCUUGCGCGAGCGCGCGGCUAGCCGGCUCCUGGAAGCGGACAGGUCGGCUUCCAGAACGGACCGGGAGGGCGUCCCGCGCAGCGGCUCGCGGGAGGCCGCCCCGCAGGCCCCGCAGCCUGUGCGGGCGGCCCCCACGUCCAGAGAGGAGGUCGUCGCCUCCCUGCAGUCCCAGGCCCAGAUGGCCUCCGACCAGACCGUCAGAGAGCUCAUUCAGAGUGUCCUCGGCCGGAACCGCGACGCUAAGAUGGAAGAUAUUUGUUCAAUGGGGAAAAUGUACUGGCACAAAACAUCUCAAGUGCAAGCAGAGCAAGGAUUACAGGAAAGUUUUGAGGAACCUAAACUGAAUAUGCCUGAGGAACUUCCUGGAGCUGUAUCAAGUAUUUUCCAGAUUGAACAAGAGGAUAUAUUAGAAUGCGGAGCCUCAGAAGCAGAAUUUAAGCUUCAGGAAACUUUGGAAGUUCAGCCAGCAGAUGAAUCAAGUAAACCUUUGGAAGAUGAACAGCCCAAAAGUGAUUUAAAAGCAGCCAAACAGGUAUCUUUAAAGGUGAAAUCAUCAGAAUUGUUGCAUAUCAGAGGAAAAGAAGUUAAGCGAACACAAAAAAGUGUAUUAGGAAUUCCACAACAGAGACAAAGAAAGUCACCCAAAUCGCAGUGGGAUCAAAACCUUCCUAAAAAAAAAAUUCCACAAGACUCCUCUACUCCCACCCUGCAUGAUCUGUGCACCACUGUCCCGGCCCGUGAGCUGCCGAUUGACUUGCACCUGGCUUCUCGAGUGUAUCAUACAGCAGACAAAAAAAGCCACAAUACUCUACUUGGAAUAUUUGGAACCUCUUUCUUAGGUGAUCCCUACACAGAUGAAGAGCAAAGAUAUAGAAUACUUCAAGGAAUUCCUGUUGCUGGUGACAAGCAAGACUAUGUUGCUGUCCUUCCAACAAUAGCAGGGAUACCACCUGAAACGGCACAAGGAACUAGACAGCAUGCUCACAAACCACGCCUACAGAUACUGGGAGAGGAAGUCUCUGUUUAUCCAGGAUUGACGAAGUUGUUUUGGAAUCUAACUUCACCUAAAUUCUCUGUUCCAUUAUCUGUCAUGAAGGAAACCCUCUAUCCCAAAUAUGAGAGUGUUCAAGCAAGCAGAAUUUUAAUUGAGAAAUAUUCAUCUGAAAGCAAGGGAAGUAUUACUUUAGAUCAGCAUAGCAGAUGUUCUAGGUUUUUUUUCCUAAGAAAAUCUGCAUCAUUUGAAAAUAUCCAAAAAUGUUUCAGUGAGCAGUCUACACAAUUAAAGAGAGUAAAAUCUGCAGUUGAAUUGAGGAAGGAGGAGACCAUAGCUCCAUUAGAGAUUAAAGAUGACAUACAAAGCAAUAUAAAAGAGGUGAUGUUUCAGAAAGCAAAGGAGUUGGAGCAUCGGAUGAUUGCACAAAAUGAAACUGAGGAACCUGUGGAAGAAAAUGUAGAUACUAUCUUAGAUAACAUUCAGAACAAACACAGUUUGAAAGAUCUGACUCUGUCUCUCAUUGAAGCGUCUAGGAAAGCUGGCAUUAGUUACAUUGUUUAUCCCCCAAAAAAGAAGAUGAAAUGGAAGAAAGGAUUGAAAGUCAAAAAACUUUCAUCUGUGUAUGACAAGUUAUCGAGGCCUCCAAAACUUCUUAAAAGAUCAAUGUCUCAUGGAAUCCUUCCUGGACAGAAGAAAUAUUUGCUCAAUCUUCCAGUAUAUGAACGGAUAAUUCAGUGUCCCAGCCUACCUUCAUGUUUAAAUUUUGACAAAUUUGUCCAAAGCAAGGGAGGAAUUCCAGAAAAUAAUGACCCUCGAACAUGGGUUCUUGAUAUGUUCUCUAAGGAGAAACAGAAGACAGCUCUGAGAGAGAAAAUUGUCAAAAUAUCUACUAAAAAAGAGCUGUCAAAAGAAGUGAAAGAACCACUAAAACUAGAAUUGAGUGAUUCUUUGAAGUCGGAUCUUCCUCCAGAAGUCAUUAAAUACUAUGAAUCUGAAGUGGAGAUCUUGACUGAAGAAAUAAAUAAUAAGAAAACAUAUCCUGCAUUUGCAUAUGGCAGGCGUGGAGCUAUUUAUAGGAAACUGGGAAAAUUACAGAGUGCCAUGAAUGAUCUACAGGAAGCUGUACACUUGGAGCCAUUUUUUCUAAAUGUCUAUUGGCAUCGACACCUCAUUUAUCUUUUCCAAGACAAAAUUAAAGAAGCUUUGGAAGACUUGAAUUAUAUAAAUAAAUAUAAUAAAAAUAAUGCAGAGGUGUAUUUGUCAAGGGCAGAAAUUUUCAGGAGAAGAAAUAACCUUAUGUUAGCAAUUCUAAACUAUACCCAGGCAAUUAAGUGCAAGCCAAUGGAUGCUGAUACGUAUUUCAGGAGGGGUGAGAUGUGUGAAACAGCAAACAGAGUACUGGCCAUUGAUGACUUUUCUAAGUGUAUUUUUUAUGAUCCCCAAAGAACAGAUGCAUUAUUGAAACGUGGGAUAUUUUACUAUGAAAAUGAAAACUGGAUUUCAGCCAUACAAGAUUUUACAGCUUUGUUAAAUAUAGAUCCCCAAAAUUCCCAAGCAAGGACAUUCCGUGGGAUAGCAUAUUUUAAACAGCACUUUUAUAAGCAAGCAACUCAAGAUCUUUCUGCUGCAAUUCACUUAGAUCCCAAUAACUGGUUAGCAUUGUACUAUAGAGGCUGCUUAUUUAGAAAAAGUAAUCCCUUAAAGGCGCUACAGGACUAUAGUAUUUCAGCUCUCAUAAAUGACGGCUAUGAGAAUCUAGGUUGUUUUCUACACCGGGGCAUACUCUAUGCAGAUCUAAAACUUUGGUUGCUGGCAAUUUGUGACUUUGAAACUGUUAUUUCUCUAGAAAGAAAUGUUAUUUUGGCUUAUAUAAAUAUUGGCCUUAUACAUCUGCUAUACUUGGAUAACUAUGUUGAAGCCAUUCGGCAGUUUUCUGAGGCUAUUAGACUUGAUCCUUUAUGUAUUCAAAGCUAUGUAUGUCGAGCAGAAACCUAUCAUAAGUUGCAUAAAUUGAAAAGGGCAGUAAGAGAGAUAUCUUGUGCUAUCCACCUCCAGCCAGAUGGAAUCCAAUUAUAUAUAAUAAGAGGACAAUAUCUUCUUCUGAUGAAGUGUUACGAUCUUGCGAAGUUCACUAUUUAUCAAGUAGCAGAAAUGAACAAAGGUCUCACUGAACUGAGUCCUGUACAGCAAGCUCUCAUUUAUUCAUUUUGUGAAAACCAUGACAAAGCCAUUCAGAUCUUGGAUGGGAUCACUUUGAAUCAGCCUGACAUCACCAUAUAUACUCUAUUAGCAAAAGCCCAAAUGAAGGCCAAGAGAAACAAGGAAGCGGUGAGGAUGUUUAAAAAGGCCUUGGAUGUCUUUUCUCAUUCUGAUAAAGGACCAAAUGCCGUAGCGGCUGCCGCAAACUGUCUGUAUAACUUGGGUCUUUGUUACAUGGAAGAAGGCAACUUUCAAAUGGCUUUUGAUUCUUUUACAAAAGCUGUGAAAGCAAAUCCUGAUUUUGCAGAAAGCUUUUAUCAGCGUGGGCUUUGUAAAGUAAAACUCCACAAAGAGAGCUCCAUCUUGGAUUUUAACCAUGCAAUUACCCUUGAUCCAAAACAUUACCAGGCAUAUUUAAGCCGAGUGGCCUUCUUUGGUUCAAAAGGCAGAUACUCCAAAGCAAUCUUGAACUGUAAUGAAGCCAUCAAAAUCUUCCCUCAGAGCGUGUGUGCCCACAUCUGCAGAGGAGUUCUGAAAUACUGCAGCAAGACUUAUAAGCUAGCGAUUGUAGAUUUAACAACAGCUAUCAACAUGGAUAAAAACAGUUAUAUAGCAUUUUAUAACAGAGCAUUAUGUUAUACAAAGAUAAGUGAACUUCAAAUGGCAUUAAGAGAUUAUGGAAUUGUGCUUCUUCUUGAUGCUGGAGAAACUGUGACAUUAAAUACCUUCAUUAAUCGUGGACUCAUCUAUGUAGAACUAGAGCAGUAUAGUUUUGCAUUAGAGGAUUUUAAAAGAGCUGCGCUGAUAAGCAAGACUAAUGCGAGCCUUUGUCAAGCUACCGCCAUGUGCUAUCACAGAAAUAAAGAGUUUGAACAAGCUGUUGAUUUCUUCACCUGGGCUCUUAAAAUUAAUCCAAGUUUUCUGGAUGCUUACAUUGGACGGGGAAAUUCUUACAUGGAAUAUGGUCAUGAGGAAGCCAUGAAACAAGCACAGAAGGAUUUUGUGAAAGCAUUGCAUUUUAACCCAACAUACAACAAGGCCAGAAUUAGUUUAGGCUAUAAUCUGCAGGCCCAAGGAAAAUUCCAGAAAGCUUGGAACCACUUUACCAUUGCCAUAGAAAUUGAUCCAAAGAGCUACCUAUCCUAUGAAGGAAGAGCUAUAGUCUGUCUUCAGAUGGGUGAUAAUUUUGCUGCAAUUCAGGAUAUUAAUGCCUCCAUAAAGAUCAAUACUACAGCAGAAUUCUUAACAAAUCGUGGUGUGAUUCAUGAGUUUCUGGGUCAGCGACAGAAUGCCAUGAGGGACUACCAAGCAGCCAUCUCCCUGAACCCCAUGUACUCGCUGGCUUACUUUAACGCAGGAAAUGUUUACUUUCACCACAGGCAGUUUUCCCAGGCUAGGGACUACUUCUCAAAGGCUUUAAAGUUUGAUCCAGAAAAUGAAUGUGCUGCCAUGAAUCGAGCUAUUGUAAAUACAAUAUUAAAGCAAUACAAAGAAGCAAGAGAAGAUUUUACAUAUGUUGUUGAAAGCUGUCCUUUCUGGGCUGCAGUAUAUUUUAACAGAGCACAUUUCUACUGUUGUUUAAAGCAAUAUGAACUAGCUGAGGAAGACCUGAAUAAAGCCCUGUCUUUGAAGCCAAAUGACGCUCUAGCAUAUAAUCUCAGAGCAGAAGUUCGUGGUAAAAUAGGUGUGAUUGAGGAAGCUAUGGCUGACUAUAACCAAGCACUUGACCUUCAAGAAUAUGCCUCAGUGGUAUGAUUACAUAGAUCAUGGUUUCUAUAGGGGCUUACACAUCUUUUUUUCUAGAAAUUGAAAUUUAUUUGUUGUCUGAAAGGCUGUACUAUCUUUGUUAUUGUAUUCAUUAUGUUUUGUUAUCCAUACGACCCUUUAAUGCAUUUUAACAAUGCAUGUUAUAUAUUAAUUAUAAAAAAUUUAGAUCAUUUUCUGCAUAUUUGGAAUAACUAACAAUAAAUGAAUUUCUUCAUAGGGUGUAGAACUUAAAUGGAAAUGUCUCAUGGAAUAUUAAUGCUUUAAAUAUAUUCUUUAAAAUAAAAUAAUUCCUUUUGAAGUAGUACUGCAUGAUUAUAGAAAAAGUAUCAUCAACCUUUGCGUUAAUACCUACUCAUAGUAUGUUCAACAGUAUCCAGAUUUAAAAAAUAAAUAUAGAACCAAUGACUAUAAAGAAA